GUGUUGAACGAUCCUCCUCUCCCUUCCGAUGUCGACGCGAGCGAGAUAACUGCCGAUCUCCGCCCCCCAUACCGGCGCCACCUCCUUCAACGCCCCGGAAAAAUAAAGUGCCCCCCGAUGCCAUGACAGUGUCGGUUUCCCAGCCGCAGCAGCCGAUCGAAAGCGUCCACUGCGGUCCCCUGGCGGCCACGUACAUCGUCGCUUCUGCCACGCCCCGUUCCUCCACCACCUCCCCGUCAUCGUCGUCGGCGUCCCCGACCACCGUCAUUGACGCUGUUGCCAGCCCCUCGAUGGCGCUGUCCUCCGCUACGAUGUCGGCUUCCUCGUCGUCCUCCUCCUCCUCUAACGCUCGCCCGACCAGUCCGGGGCAUGGACGGGCGAGCGUGUCCCGCGACAAUCCCGAGCCCGAUACAACAACGCACGGCAACCAUUCCACCCCGACGUCGGCCCUGCGGAGGCUCUACUUCAAAACGGCUCGCGCCAGCAAGGCGGCCAAAAUGGCGGCCACAGCGGCAACCACGGCAACGGCCGUCGCAGCAGCGGCCGCCAGCUCGUCCACCGUGCCGAAGGUGGUCGUGAUGGGGUCAUCCACGACGUCCGAAGCCACCAUCAACACCUCGACCGAUUCCGCAUCGACGCACGUCACCAACGUCACGACGACAACUGAUACGGAAACGAACGAUUCGCUGGAUCUGGGUGACGUUUCGGGACAGAGUGAGCCGCUGUUAAGCUCGCUGGAGGACGAAAGCUCGAGCAUUAUCGCGCUGAGCCAAACCGCGGGCAAUGAGGAGGAUGAAAACAUCACCGUCAUUAAUGGACCCGAUACACCGCUGCUGAUUAGCUAUCAGGAACUGGAGGAUCUUUCACCACGCUCGCCCAUGUUUUCGCCGCGUGAAUCGCCGAAAGUGACACCGGGAUCGAACAAUCGCACGCAACAGCCACGCACGGCACCGGUUUCAUCGACUGCAACGCGCUUUCCCUUCGAUCCGCCCAUGUCGCCGAAAACGUACAGCGGAGGUGUUAGCCGGGGUGAUAUCGCUUCCUUUGCCCGCACGCACGAAACCAUGUUCAGCUUUGAUGAAUCGCCCAAUCCGAUCCGGCGUCCACCGCCCAAAAUCCCGCCAGCGCCUUCCUCGGCCGAGCCGGACACGCCGGACCAUUCCCCGAACAUACCGAUCGAUACCACGCCCGGCCAUGAAUCGAUGGCAGCCAGGGAAGUGACGCAGCCCCCGAAGCAGCAGCAGCUCAUGGAGCCACCGCAAACGACCACCACCUCGACCCCGAAGCGGCUAAUGAACAGCUUCAAGACGCGCAAGGAACGGCUCGUCCAGCAGGCGGGUAGUGCGGUGGCGGCCGCUACCGCUGCCGUUACGUCCGCCGGUGGUACGUCCGGCAAGCCGUUCAAAAACCCAAACUACGAUCCCGACCUGACGAUGUUCCCGUUCGACCGGGAAGCGAUCGACUACGAUCGCAUCCAGCGCGAAUGCUUUGCCGUCGAGGAGGAGCUGCUGUUCGAGCACGAUCGCCGCAGCGACGAUGACUAUCGGAGCGUAAGUGCCGGGGCUGGCGGUGGCGAGUCGCCGUCGAAGGCACUGUUCGAGGCCGAAAUCUUCAGCGAUCACUAUUCGAUCUUUCAGCAGUACGCGUACCUGACGCAGCAGGAAACCCGCGACGCGCCACCGGCCGAACGCAACGCGACGCCGUCGAAGCGCAACCGGAUGGCGACCACAUCCAGCGAUGCAUUUUCGCCCCAGCGUCGCCACCUUGAGCACGGUAGUGGGGUAGGAAGUGUGGCCGCCAGCCAACCGCGGCUCUCCAAGUUCGAUCAGAUCGCCACCAAGUUCGACCUGAUGCCGUCAAAGACGGGCAGUUCGGUGACAGCACCGCAGCAGCUGGGCUGCGGCACACUUCCGGACCUGCGGGUCGACUACUUCGCCGAAACGUCGUGCUGUGCCGGUGCGGGGAUUUCCGUCUCGCCGAGCGGAGAAUCAUCAACGUGCGACGGCAAGGCGCGUGCGUCGUCUCCGGCGGCGACCUCUGGUGGCGGUGGCGGUGGUGGCGGCCUCCGCUCGAUGGAAGUCGUUGGCACAGGCGCACUGGCCGCCGGUGCUAUAAAUGUUACGCCGAACCCGAUGGAAGGAGCAGUUUGUACACAACCGCGGGCGACAAUAGUCGUACAGCAACCCUCGCUCAGCCUGGACUACACAUCGGUCGAAACGAUUCUGCUAAAAAAUGAAGGCGAUUUCAUCAGCGUCGGCGAACAGGGCACCAAGGGCGAGCUGCAGUCGACGCAGCGGAAAAAGCAGCAGCGCGAGGAACACAUGCGCCAGUUGCUGGACGUGACCAAUACGCUCACCACGGAGGAAAUUAAGGACUUCGAAAUGAGGUAUGGUAGCCCACAUCACAGCCGAUCGCAAUCGGUCAAAACUCCAGGAAGCAGAGCUUCAGGCCGUCCAAAUCAAUUAUGCCUGCCACAGCAGCGUUCCAGAGUGGCUUCCAUGCCCAACACAGGCGUCGAAGAGGAGUACUACAGACUGAGGCAUUUUUCCAUCACUGGCAAAGGUGUCGUGAACCGGGGCGAUUCGUUGAAAAGUAGGCGAAGCAAAUCAAACAACAGCGUGGCCAGUUCAAACUCUAGUACUGAACAUUUAACUCCUGCCGCCGGUGCCGUGGCCGCCGGCUCCGCUCGAACGUCGGCAACGUGCAGCUUGGCAUCCAGCCGAGAGAGCAGCACCUCUAAUCCGGCAUCGGGACCGUACAAGGUGCUGAUGCUGGGUGGACCUGCCGUAGGGAAAAGCUCAUUAGUGUCGCAAUUCAUGACAUCGGAAUACCUGCAUGCGUAUGAUACUAGCAUAGAUGAUGAUUCGGGCGAAAAAACGGUUUCCGUGCUGCUCAGUGGAGAAGAAUCCGAGCUGACGUUCAUCGACCACAGUUACUCCGAGAUGGCGCCCGAAAAUUGCAUGUCUACGUACGACCCGCACGGCUAUUGUGUGAUAUAUUCGUCGACGGACAAGGAAACGUUUCUCAUAACGGAGCGCAUUCUGCAAAUCCUUUGGACGACGGAAAACAUCGCCCAAAAGGCAGUGAUACUGGUGGCCAACAAGGCAGACCUGGCCCGGUGUCGGGUGGUAACGUCGGAUGAGGGCAAAGCAAUGGCCACACAGUACGAUUGCAAAUUCAUCGAAACAUCCGUCGGCAUCAAUCACAAUGUGGACGAGUUGCUGGUGGGUCUUCUCUCCCAGAUACGAUUGAAGUUGGAAAAUCCGGAAAAAUCAAGGGAUCUGUUCCGGAAACGAUCUAUUCGUAAAUCGAAACGUCGAGCCUGUUCGCCGUUGGGUGGUGCCAUCUGUCUGGCCGGCAUCGGUGGUAGCACCAAUCCGAGCACUCCAGUUUCUGGCCCGCCGGCUAGUGGAGGCGGCUUCGUCGACACUCCGCCGGGAAGUGCGCACAGCAGUCCCAGGAAGUAUCGAGGAUCGCGAACAUCCGCUAGCCUCAAGGUGAAAGGGUUGCUCGGCCGCGUUUGGGCUCGUGAUUCGAAAUCCAAGAGUUGUGAAAAUUUGCACGUGCUGUAAAUUACCUUCAUCAACUCUCACUUUCGUCUCGCUAAGCGGGCACGGGAAAGCGCAGCGCAACUCAAUCGAACGCGGCCGGGAUCACAUCCCGAGAUCCCCGUCCUUGGCUCGAUUGGUUUGCUCUGUUGCUGAGCGAUACGAACGAGCGUGCACCACAAAAAGAGAAGCAGCAUAACAGCACUGGAUGGCGUCCCCUUCCCCAACGGGGGGACCUCAUACAAGUGCUGCGAAUGAGUGAUUCCAUGAGGAGAGGCAACCAACUGCUACACUGUUCCGGUGUAAUCCGCUGUCCUUAAGUUAACUCUAAGUCUUCAUUGCACAUGUUGAUCGUUUCCCCCCCGUUUGACCUCCCCUUUUCUUCCCAAUUUAUAAAUGUAGCCGCGCGCGCGCACUAUACGCGCACUAUAUCAAUGUAUUUCAAACAUUCGAAAGUAAGAGUUUAGCGACAAGUGUUUUCGUCUUAAAGUUCCUAAAGUGUGUGCAACCUAAAUCGCGCAAAUUUCCUUCAUGAGGGACCCGGUUUCGGGGAGAUCGUGUAAUGCCCCUCCAGACAGGAUCAUGGCACACGCUCAAAGAUCACGCUCACGAAAGGCUAAUUCUAUUAUGCUCUCUUCUUUUAUCUUACUGUUCAUAGUAUUCCUCAGACUGGUUCAAAAACUAUCUAGAAUCUUGUUCCAGUGCUUAUUGCAUGCACAGUUUUUGCAAUAGUGAGUUUUUUUGUUGUCCAUUUUGCUGCGAGGAAUCUACAAUGAAAGCGCUACUUAAACAGAUAAACAGGAAUGUAGGUAACAUAGUAGUACGGCUGACGAUAAAAGAAUGAUUAUCGCAAGCACUAUUUCCAAAUCAACGACGAAAUCGAACCACUAAAGCUCACUCAAACGAUAGUAGCAGAGCUGGUUGGAGCUGGUGGUAAAAGUGCCUUUUCUCAGUUGCCCCUUUGAUGGUAUAAUUGGUUCGGGUUUCAUCUGUUUUGCUUCGAAUGUUUUCACUUGUGAAUAUUAAUUACAAUUAUUUCCUACACACCAGGUAGUACACCAGGUUGGAUAGCUUUUCAGCUUUUUCCAGUAUGAGAAUUGUUUCAUUUCGAACGAUCACCUGAGUAUCCAAACAUCAUGCGAUCGAUCACACACAACGAACGUCAACAUGCUAGAGUCAGAGUAAUAGGAGUUUCGAUUCAAGCAAGCAAUCUGAAUCUUUCGCAUUAGGCGAUUUUGCAAUGUUUGUUACUACCGUUUUCCCGAUUUGCCAUCAGCCAUAAUAGCUACUGGUAGAAAGAUGAAUUUCAAUUACAGUUUUACUUCUCUUCCUGUUUUGCUCAUACCUACAAGCGAAUUGUAACGCUUAUAAGAGAUUACAAAGUUUUACUAGAGCAAUAAUAGUUCGUUUUGCAUUCGUCCGAGUUAAUUGUUACCUUUGUAAGACAGACAGAUUGGUAAAAUAUUUCAUCAACAAUGUAUAUGACAAAAAAACAAGCGCCAAAGCGCCAAAUUGACCAAACAUGAAUCAGAAUACACCACAGAAGUUAUCGAUAGUGAGGCGGAAGAGGAAGAGGGGGAGAGAUAGUAUAACAUUUUGGUAUUAAACUGCAUGAUUAUAAUAUUGAGAACAUUUUGUAUCGUCGCCAAACAUUCUGGUAGACGCGUACAAUACAGUUCGAAGUAUUUCGUAAAUAUCAUUCGAGUCCCAUGGCUUCCUCUCCUUUCUCACAUGGGUAGAGAGUUAUAAUGUGUAGUGUUGUAGUAGGAAGCGGAUGUGAGCGUUUUGAAGCAAUUACAUGCACAAACAGACACAGCCACACACGCAGUACCAUUUCCUAGCCCAGUCCUGCCUUGUUUUUUGUAGAGCGUAUUUGCCAUUGAGCAUGAUGAUAGAGAAAAUCAACAUAAUAGAAGGUAAAGUUUUUUACAAUGAAAUCAAACCAGAAUGUGUAACGUUGUUCCCACAAUAUAACAUUACUAUACAAACACAUAAAGAGAGAGAGCGAAGAGAACAAGAGAGCGUCGAAUAACAGUUUUGCAAUAUGAUAAAUAAUCGAUCGCAUUAAUAUGAGACAUGAUUAUAAAGAUACAAGAGAUAAAAGAAAAUAGGUAAAACUAGUUCACAAUAGAUUUUUUUCGAUAGCAUUUUUACACAGUACCAAAAUUUAACGAUCAAAAAAGGUUUACAAUUGCUCGCGCUAGGUAAAAACAGGCCCAGUACAUAGAUCAAUAAAUGCAUACACAACAAAAACGAACUUACAUAUGUCAGGAAACGACGUGCAGAGCAAACAUACGCAAAGAUCACAUAAAAUAAGAUCACAUAAAGAUCACGAAAGGAGUGACCGCGCGUGAUCGAAAUACGCAGUUAAAUGCAAAAGGGUACAAUAAUGAAUAGUAGGCGCCGCUCUAGUUGCACGCCAAAUCUUAAUAUUGAGACAGUAUCAAAAGCAAUCGUAAAAUAUGUAUCAAUGGAGCAACACGGUGAGAAAGAGAGGAAGUAAAGAGAGAGUAGAUGUGUCCACCCUUUUGACGACAGUAGGUCGCCGUCCCCCUCUUUGUCGUCGUCAUCCCUUUCGUCAUUAAAUCGAUAUUCUCCGGAGGAGGGUGUAGGCGUGUUUAGAUGUACGCACACACACGCACAAUUGAUGCACCAGAUCAACCGCGAUCAUCAUUCCGUUUAUGCGUCCCGUUCCGUGUUUCCCGACGCGUUCUAGAGUAGCUUAUUGUUUUGCUUUGUUUUAAACGUUACACACGAGUGCGACAAUUAGCGUAUGCGCAUCAGGGUGGAUUGGGUGUAAGCAAUAUAGUUCAAUAUUGUUGUUUCAUCAUCACUCAGCGGUUUAUAUGGUGUUUCCUAAGCACAAUCGUGUAAUCAUUUCCUACCAUUCAUUAUUAUGUCGCGUGUACGCACCAUUGGAACACAAUAGGGAAUGUGGAGCGCAAUCAAAUGUCGCACAGCAUUAUUAUCUGAAUGUGAUUUGUACUAUAUGUGGACAAACAGGACCGUGCACAGAUUCAAAAAACACACAACUUUAGCCGUUGUCGUUCCGUUUUCCGUUAGUGUACUCUCCUCAAGAGGGGAACAUUGUGUUAAGCAGAAAAGUCGUCAGUCGACCAGCCAGUCUGCCAGUCAGAUACAGGUGCGAUAAGGAGAAUGAUAUAAUGAUUGUGCUGACACAAUAUGGUAGAUAGAUAGGGAAGCAAUAGAGCAAACAACAAUUCCAAUUUGUUGGGUGCAUUAUGCGGAGAAUCUUGUUGGGUCCAGCAAACAAAGCAAAGAAACAUAUAAACCUUCACUCUUUAACACACAUCAUGAUUCUUGCUGUUUCUAAAAUAAAGUUUAAGAUGUAAAAGUAUUUGA